AUGCAUAUACUCAGCUGCGCCCUUCUGUCGUCGCUGGUCGUUGCGCACGCUAGGGAUCUUGGCUCACAACCACAGCUGAGAUACCUACGAAGAGACAAUUCAUUCGUUAACAAUACCAUCACCACGAGAUCAACCAUCAAUAUUCCACUUCAAUUGAACAACAUCACAACUUCCACACUCGUUCCUACGACGACAAGGACGAUAUCAAUAGACACAGACCAUAUCACAUCUUGGAUAGCGCCCAUAGGUUCAAUACCACUAUCAACCUCAAGUCCAUCGCCCCCUCCGCCGUAUCAAAAUAUAUCCACUACGGAGCCGACAUGUACUGGUUUCGCCACGUAUUUCGAGUCUGCGCCUCCUACUGUGUUUCUUACAGUCACCGAAGGAUUCGAGGUGACCGUCACUGCCUCCAAUGUGUCUGUGACUGCGUCCGAGACUCUAAUAACGCCAUUGCCCGCAUGUGGAACCACAAUCUUGCCGGCUCCUUCGCAGAGAAUGACCAUGGAUGGGGAGCCUUUUGGUUCUGAUUUUGCAACUUUCACAAAAUCAGUUCAAGAUGGUCCACCAGGAGCGCCUGGUCGUCCAACCCAGAAUCUACCCCAAUUUGCGACAUUUCAACCCUUACCGCCACAGACCGUCGGCUCCGAGUUGGCCACAGCCACCGCUCCUUUACAGUCUUCUACUGCUCCUUUACAAUAUUCUAGCGUGCCCUAUACCAGCACCGUCCUCGUGACGAAAAAGACCCCUGUAACGGUCGUGGUACCUCCAACUACUUCACCGGGUGUCAAUUUCCAAAUCACCGAGCCAACUUUCAACGGCGAGGGAAAUACAAUACCUCCACCGAAACAGACCAUGCCAAACGGCAACAAUAACAUAAUGGGGCCUAAUGGUGGAAGACCGACAGACAAUCGGGUUUCUUCUUCGAGUCUUCCGUCAACCACCUCACGCACGAGUUUGGGGCUUGGGAACCUUGUUAGCUCCAUAAUAUUCUCCGGAAUACCAAGACCUCCCAGAGAGACUGGUCGCAGCACCACUGUCGAUGGAAUCCCAGUCGUUAUCUAUACUUCGUCGAUUGUGAUUGGGGAUCAAAGCUUUGCAGUUCCAACUUCUUCGCGGACGACCGUCCAGGUGAAUGGUGUUGGAUUCGCGCUCGGGCCUUCAGAAAUAGUGGCACCAAGUACGACCAUCACCGUCGGACCAGGCCCACAAGACCAAAGAACUACUAUCACACCACGUCCGACUUCAACCACAGUCACCGUCGGAGAUGAUUUCACUUUUGUCGUUGGUCAAACUUUGGCUGUUAUCGCAGGUACCACAUAUAGAGUGGGUGAAGGAGCACCAGCGACUACAAUAACCAUCGAUGGCACGACAGUCUCUGUGGGGUCCAACGGAGUGGAAUUGCCUCGAACCAUCGUCUCUCCGGUUGGUGCGUCGGCAUCGGGAUAUGUAAUCUAUACCGUCAACGGGAUCACUUUCUCGGUUGAUGACAACGAAGCAGUCCUCAGCAGCACGACUUACAGAAUCGGGACGAAUGCCCCGCAGAUGACCACCGUCGUGAGCGGAGCAACCAUCUCAUUUGGACCCAGCGGAAUAGGACUACAGUCAACUACGAUUGCCCCUACAGCUGUUCCCUCUAGCUCUGCAACAACUGGAGCGCGGUCAAGCUCGUCGUCCGGUGCUGCCACAGGAGUCGCCAAUAACCAGAAUGCUAGUCCAGCAGGACCGAGAAUAAACUUCUCCGAGCUACUGGGCUGGUACUUAAUACCGACAUGGCUGGUCUGCAAUUUCCUUUUCUGA